AUGGUGAUCGACAAGCCCCCGUCGUACAAGAAGCCUGGGAUCGAGUUUUUGGUGAAACAUAUUCCCAAGAACUCGAAUCUAAAGGUUUCUAAAGGGGCAAUUGUGUUGAAACAUGAUAUGACUAAUCUCGGUACGCUAUAUCUAGAGGCCCCUUAUAUUCUUAUACCGCCUUUUGAUCUGGUCAAGCUCAUAGAGGUUGGCAAGUGCUGCAGUUACUGUGGUGAAACUUUGAAGGUCUACGAUAAAGGUAGACUCAGGGACAAGGAAGCCCAUGAUAUUUCAGAUCAGAAACAUGCUCGAUUCAUGAGCGGGCUGGAUUGCGGAGAUUGCAGCUCUGGCUGGUGCUCGCAAAACUGCAGAAAGCUUGACUUCUGCCACAGCCUCCUUAAUCACCAGCCAACCAACAAAGGAAUGACCAACCAGAUCAUGAACUCUCGAGGAGAGAAACUUGUCUUGUUGUACGACCGAUGGACAAAUUUCAAGAAGGCGAUCCACGAGAAGAGUUUAGAGCUGGCGCACUGUGCGCUUUAUGUUAGCUUGCAACUAUUUUACUACCCAGAACUGAAGGAUGGCUACAUGAGCAUGCGCAAUGUGGUAGCAGAACAACGGGACGAAUUUCUGGGACGCGAUAUUGAUUUUACGACACUUUAUGAGGAAACGACCGCGUGCUUUAAAGAUUUUAGAAUGUCGAAAGACGAAUACCUAGACUGCAUAUCAAUAUUCAAGCUCAACAAUUACAACAAUGGUAUUUAUCCGUUGACGAGCUACUUGGCUGAUCCAUUUGGCGAGAUCAAUUGCUCAAUUGCACCGUUCGAAACAAGCAUUGCUCAUGACUACGAGGAUUUCCGUAUUGAUGUUGUUGACGAGCAUAACGUGAGACUGACAAAACAGAGACAUUUGGAGUCCUACAGAAAACCCAUUCAUACGAACAAUCUGAAGAUUGAAAAGAAGAUAAUCAUAGUGUCUAGCAUGCGCAACAUCAAAAGCUCGGAGAAGCUUGUAGCUGGAGAGCCACACGAAACAGGUUCUGCAUGCUCGAGUUCGGACAAUUCUUCGAUGGAAAAAAUUACGGCUCCCGUCCCACUACGUGUCCCUGGGAAAGCGCGCAAGCAGCGUAACGCAUCCUUCACGUCUUCAGGAAACUCGUUUGGGGAGGGAAUUAUCAAGUACAACAGGGACCAAAUUCGGGAAAUGCUUGUCGAGAUGUCUCUUGACUCUGACGAUAGCGAAACGGAGACCCCUAUUCAGCUUGAAGUCCCGGAACAAUUUGUGAAGCCUCGACGUAAGAGCGUACGUUUCGAAAGCUAA